AAUUGGAGAGACUCGAUGCGAAACGCCAUUCUCAAACCAGAUGGCAGAGCAGAUAGAACUUUUGUUACGACAGGGUGUCUUGGAGAAGGUCCCAUACCUGGGACCAAGCUUCGUUUCGAAAAUGUUCUUGGUGAAGAAGAGCCAUGGAAGCUGGCAUCCUAUCUUCGACCUUCAGAACCUGAACAGGUAUGUAGAGGUAAAGGAAUUUCAGCUAAUUUCCCACUCAAAGAUUUCAGAUUUUCUACAAUUGAGAGACUGGCUAGUGCGAAUAGACAUGUCACAAGCACACUUCCACAUUCAAGUGGCCGGAGCACACCGCCGCUUCCUCCUACGCCUUCACUUCAGAGGAGAGCUCCUACAGAUGACGUGCAUGCCAUUCGGCCUCUCAUCUGUCCCGUACGUGUUUGCCUCGGUGCCAAACUGGGUAGCAGAGCUACUGCGUUCAAAAGGCAUAAGAGUGGCAGUAUACCUGGACGAUUUUCUGGUAGCCUGCCAGCACAGGAACAGAUUGUUAGAGCAGGUAUAAAUGAUAAUAGAUUUUUUGGUUUCACUAGGUUGGCAGAUCAACUGGGACAAAAGCAUCUUAAAGCCUUGCCAGGAGUCAGAUUUCCUGGGAAUAGCAUGGAACACGCAUACCGGUGUGAUAAGGCUUCCAUCCAAGGCCAGAAACAUCCAAACCCUGAUCCAGGAAGUUGUAAAGGAUCAAAGUUGUACCUUAAAGAAGGCUCAGAGUCUUCUGGAACACUUGAACUUUGCGAGCUUCGUAAUUUCAAGCGGCCAGCUCCAUUGCCGUCAUCUCCAACGGUUCUCGACUCAUUCAGUCAGAACCGCCCUCGACAGAGGCUUCGAAUAAACAACCAGAUUCAGAACAAUCUAUCCUGGUGGAAGGAAGCCUCGAGUCAGUGUUCACCUCAGCACAAAAGCAAGGUAACACACUUCCUGACGAUGAAGGCAGCCGACAAGGGCUGGGGAGCCCAACUGAACGGGAUCUACAUGUCAGGAAACUGGUCAGUGACACAAAGGAGAUGGCACUCCAACAAGAAGGAGAUGCU